CCACGCCACGCGGCUCCGGAACGCACCGUCAUCGUCAGCCUUUGCCUCCCGUCUCGGGAUCGCCAGCGGCCUCCUCCGCGCGAGCGCACGCACGAUGCCCUCGGCCACCAGCCACAGCGGAAGCGGCAGCAAGUCGUCGGGACCGCCAGCGCCGGCGGGAUCCUCGGGGAGCGAGGCGAAUAGCACGACGACGGCAGCGGGAGCCGGGGCGGCGGCGGCAGCAGCAGCGGUAACAGCAACAGCAGCAGUAGCGGCGCCGGCUUCGCAGCACCCCGCCACCGUGGGCACGGGCGCCGUGCAGACCGAGGCCAUGAAGCAGAUCCUCGGGGUGAUCGACAAGAAACUCCGCAACCUGGAGAAGAAAAAGGGCAAACUUGAUGAUUACCAAGAGCGAAUGAACAAAGGAGAAAGGCUUAAUCAAGAUCAACUGGAUGCUGUAUCUAAGUACCAGGAAGUCACAAAUAACUUGGAGUUUGCGAAAGAAUUACAGAGGAGUUUCAUGGCAUUAAGUCAAGAUAUUCAGAAAACUAUAAAGAAGACAGCACGUCGGGAGCAGCUUAUGAGAGAAGAAGCCGAACAGAAGCGUUUAAAAACCGUACUUGAGUUGCAGUAUGUUUUGGACAAAUUAGGAGAUGACGAAGUGCGAACUGACCUGAAACAAGGCUUGAAUGGAGUCCCAAUAUUGUCUGAAGAGGAAUUGUCCUUGUUAGAUGAGUUCUACAAGUUAGCAGACCCUGAACGGGACAUGAGCUUGAGGUUGAACGAGCAGUAUGAACAUGCCUCCGUACACCUGUGGGACUUGCUGGAAGGAAAGGAAAAGUCUGUAUGUGGAACAACUUAUAAAGCUCUAAAGGAAAUUGUUGAGCGUGUGUUUCAGUCAAACUACUUUGACAGCACCCACAACCAUCAGAACGGAUUGUGUGAGGAAGAGGAGGCAGCCUCAGCACCUAUAGUUGAAGAUCAGGUAGCUGAAGCUGAACCUGAGCCAGCAGAAGAAUACCCUGAACAAAAUGAAGUUGAAUCAACGGAGUAUGUAAAUAGACAAUUUAUGGCAGAAACACAGUUCAGCAGUGGUGAAAAGGAGCAGGUAGAUGAGUGGACAGUGGAAACAGUUGAGGUGGUAAAUUCUCUCCAGCAGCAGCCUCAGGCUGCCUCCCCUUCAGUACCAGAACCCCAUUCUUUGACACCAGUGGCUCAGGCAGAUCCCCUUGUCAGAAGACAGCGAGUGCAGGAUCUCAUGGCACAAAUGCAAGGGCCCUAUAAUUUUAUACAGGAUUCCAUGCUGGAUUUUGAAAACCAGACACUUGACCCUGCAAUUGUAUCUGCACAGCCUAUGAACCCAGCACAAAACAUGGACAUGCCCCAGCUCGUUUGCCCUCCAGUUCAUUCUGAAUCGAGACUUGCUCAGCCCAAUCAAGUUCCUGUACAACCAGAAGCUACCCAGGUCCCUUUGGUGUCAUCUACAAGUGAGGGGUAUACAGCAUCUCAACCCUUAUACCAACCUUCUCAUGCUACAGAACAACGGCCACAGAAGGAACCAAUUGAUCAGAUUCAGGCAACCAUCUCUUUAAAUACAGACCAGACUACAGCAUCUUCAUCCCUUCCUGCUGCUUCUCAGCCUCAGGUGUUCCAAGCUGGAACAAGCAAACCUUUACAUAGCAGUGGAAUCAAUGUAAAUGCAGCUCCAUUCCAGUCCAUGCAAACGGUAUUCAACAUGAACGCACCAGUUCCUCCUGUUAAUGAACCAGAAACUUUAAAACAGCAAAAUCAGUACCAGACUAGUUAUAAUCAGAGCUUUUCCAGUCAGCCUCACCAGGUAGAACAAACAGAACUGCAGCAAGAACAACUUCAAACAGUGGUUGGCACCUACCAUGGUUCUCAGGACCAGCCCCAUCAAGUGACUGGUAACCAUCAGCAGCCCCCCCAGCAGAACACUGGAUUUCCUCGUAACAGCCAGCCCUAUUAUAACAGUCGUGGUGUGUCUCGUGGAGGCUCUCGUGGUGCUCGUGGCUUGAUGAAUGGAUACAGGGGCCCUACCAAUGGAUUCAGAGGUGGAUAUGAUGGUUACCGCCCUUCAUUCUCGAACACUCCAAACAGCGGUUAUACGCAGUCUCAGUUUAGUGCUCCCCGGGAUUACUCUGGCUAUCAGCGGGAUGGAUAUCAGCAGAAUUUCAAGCGAGGCUCUGGGCAGAGUGGACCACGGGGAGCCCCACGAGGUCGUGGAGGGCCCCCAAGACCCAACAGAGGGAUGCCGCAAAUGAACACUCAGCAAGUGAAUUAAUGUGAUUCACAGGAUUAUGUUUAAACGCCAAAAACACACUGGCCAGUGUAUCAUAAUAUGUUACCAGAAGAGUUAUUAUCUAUUUGUUCUCCCUUUCAGGAAACUUAUUGUAAAGGGACUGUUUUCAUCCCAUAAAGACAGGACUACAAUUGUCAGCUUUAUAUUACCUGGAUAUGGAAGGAAACUAUUUUUACUCUGCAUGUUCUGUCCUAAGCGUCAUCUUGAGCCUUGCACAUGAUAUUCAGAUUCCUCACCCUUGCUUAGGAGUAAAAAGCAUAAUAUACUUUAUGGGGUGAUAAAUAUCUCCACAGUUAUAUGGAGUGGUUUGGAAAGACUGACUUAAUAUUGGAUAAAAAUCUACAAAUCAGCCCUAGAGUUAUUCAUUGGUAAUUGAUAAAACUGAAACAUUUCCCUUCGGAGGAUGUUGGAAGAAGUUGAAUGUGGCUGGCAGACAACUGCAUUUCAUAACUUUCACUUGGGUUGGCACACUGAACAUUUAGGUGCAUACCAAAUUAUGCAUGGGCCCUUAAUCAUACAAAUAGACUGGCUAUCGGCUUUGAAGCAGCAGUAGUUAUGGCCAAAAGACUGGUUAAAACACAUGUAAAUUGCUUUUUUUAAAAAAAAAAAAACAGCUGAUAUUGUAUAAUAAAUACAAAGCCGAAAUGCAAAAUUAGGCUUUGAUUGGCACUUUUUUAAAAAAUAUAUAUAUGCAAAAAAUAGGGAUUUAAUCUGUAUGGCCGCUUCUGUACUUACUGUGAAAUAUUUAGAUAAUUUUUGAACACUUAAAAGAUUCUUUGACAAUGACUCUGGUAAGGAUCGAUACUCUAUAUCAUUCCUUAUAACAUACAUUGUCUCACUAAUUCUUGGAUCUUGCUUUAUUGUCACAUAAAUUGGUACAAGUACUCAUGGAUAAUCAUAACACUUGGUCACAUCUUUAUUCUGCAGCCUAAAGAUUUUUCAAAGAGAUUUCAGGUACCUGCUGCUACCACCCUUUUAAAUUGCUAUCUUUUGAAAAACACCAGUAUGUGUUUUAGAUUGAUUUCCCUAUUUUAGGGAAAUGACACUAGUUUCCGUUCUAAUGGUAUACGCAAAAGAAAUAAAACAUGUUUAUAAAAUUGUAUCUUGAAAUACUGGUGUUCAACAGCUAGCAGCUUAUGUGGUUUAUCCAUGCAUUAUUAAUGUUAAACAUUAGGUAUCUCCAGCCUAUUUCUAUAGUACUUGCACUUAAUUUUUGUCUAAUCCUGAUUGAAUUUUUUUAAUGGAAGCAUUCAUAAUCAAAAUGGCGAUUCCUUCCCUUAGAUGGAUAGGGAGAACUGCAAAAUUGGAUGGGAACGACUAAGCUGAGUUAAGUGAUUUACUUGCUGUGUUGAAAUUUGAGUUAGCAGUUUGAGCACUAGUACUGUGUGCCCAUGAUCUUAAUGCUGCUGUUAUAUCCCAUAUUGACUUCACAAGGAAAUAAUCCCACCUGUAAAGCAAAGUCUGUUAAGUUAAUGGUAUUUUCUGAGCAGAGACUGAAUUGUUUUCAGCCUUCAGCUAAGGAAUUUUUGCAGUAGGUGUUCGGCUACUUAAAACUAUUCUAAACAUUCAUCAUUAGACAACUGGAUUUUUUUUUUCCUGGUUUUGUAAUCUAAAAUGGAUAGGCUGUUGAACAUUCCACGUUCAAGUUUUGUAGGGUGGUGGGGAGGGGGUGAAUCUUCAUUGUUUAUUUUAAAAUAAAAUAAGUUCUUGACUUCUCA